AUGUGCAGUAACGCGGGCAAUUGCAAUACAUAUGGCAAUAACCAACAAUGUCUAAAACCCGUAUUCAAGCAGGCUGAACUCUCUGAUGAUUGCAAACGGAUCGUGCUUACCGCAGUCCGCAAGGCCACUAUGCUCUACUGUCAUGAGGAUGAAAUGGCCAAGUGCAUUCGUAUAGAACUGAACGAGAAGUUGAAGGGUCUUUGGCAUGUAAUUGUGGGAAAACAUUUUGCCAGUUUCUUCACCUAUACUCCCGGGCUAAUGGCUCACGUACUAUACGGAGACAUGCAGUUCCUGGUGUACCAGUAUCAGGGAAAUGCGUAA